AUGUCUACCUCUACCAACGGCAACGGUGUCCUAGAAGCUGGACAAGCGAGCAAACCCCGCUAUGUAGAUGUACAUUCUCCUGCCUACCUAAUAGGCAUAAAUCUCACUGAUCCCGUAUACUCUGGCAUCUACUACGAUACGCAACGGCAUCCUCCCGACCUCCCCUCUGUCAUAUCUCGAGCUCUUACUGCGGGGUGUCAGAAACUUAUCGUCACUGGAUCCGAUUUGGCAGAGUCUCGAAAGGCUGUCGAGUUAUCUAAGGAGUAUUCCGGAGUACUCUUCGCCACGGUCGGAGUCCAUCCAUGUUCCUGUCUCCAAUUCACGAAAGCUCCAAAUACUCCAGAGACAUAUCUUCAAGAGCUCGAGGAAUUGGCCUUGAAAGCAAAAGACACCAACCACUGCGUUGCUUUUGGUGAAAUCGGUCUCGACUACGAUCGUCUCACACUGUGUCCGAAAGAUGCCCAAUUGGAAUACUUUGAAAAACAACUAGAUAUAGCAACUCGCCUACAUCUUCCACUCUUUCUGCAUUCACGCGCUGCCCAUGAAGAUUUUGUCCGGAUAUUGAAGGCAGGAUUGGGAGAAUUACCUAAAAGAGGGGUGGUGCAUAGUUUCACAGGGACGAAAGAGGAAAUGGAGGAACUGGUUAGUUUGGGAUUUGAUAUUGGGGUAAAUGGAUGUUCAUUAAAAACGGAAGAGAACCUAGAAGUGGUGAAGGCGAUUCCUAUGGAGAGACUUCAGAUUGAGACUGAUGGGCCUUGGUGUGAGAUACGACCUAGUCAUGCAAGUUCGAAAUGGUUAAAGGGAUUUGAAGAGGGGAGGGAAGGGGAAGGAAUGAGUGAGGGCGAGAGAUCGAUAGAGGGUGGAAAGGGGUGGAAGAGUGUGAAGAAGGAGAAAUGGGUAGAGGGGGUAAUGAUUAAGGGUAGAAACGAACCGUGUAUGAUUGGACGGGUGGCGUGGGUUGUUGCAGGGGUCAAAGGAGUGAGUGUGGGAGAAUUGAGAGAAGUGGCAUGGAAGAACAGCUGCAAGAUGUUCGACUUGGGAGCGUAA